AUAAAUUCGCUGUUUGGAAUGUUUAUUUUCCAUAAAAAUACGGAACAUAAUAUUAUGAUACUACGCGUCGUCGUACUGUGUUUGGCGUUGUACAGGUCACCACCUGCCGCCGUUGCAGCUCCUGUGAUGAUGGGCGCCGACAGACUAACUGACGAACGGUACUUUUGGCCCUCACUGCAGCGAUCGUCACCGCCCGCUGAAAUUGAUGAUUUCACACUGAUGACUACCAACGGUCCGAUAAAAAAACAGAACUUUCAGCUCUGGCCGCAGAGAUCGUCGCCGCCCGCUGAAGUUUAUGCUUCCACAGUGAUAACCACCGACGGACCGGCCAAGAACUUUCGUCUCUGGUCGCAGCGAUCGUCGUCGCCCGCUGAAAUUGAUGCUUUCACACUUAUGACUACCAACGGUCCGGUAAAAAAACAGAACUUUCAGCUCUGGCCGCAGCGAUCUUCACCGCCCGCCGCAGUUUCUGCUUCCACAAUUAUGACCAAUGACGGACCGGCCAAGAACCAAAAUUUUCAGGUCUGGUCCCAUCGAUCGUCGACACCCACCCCAGUUUCCGCAUUCACAAUGAUGGCCAAUGAUGGAACGGCCAAGAACCAAAGCUUUCGUCUCUGGCCACAGCGAUCGUCGCCUCCCGCUGAAGUUUAUGCUUCCACGGUGAUGACCACCGACGGACCGGCCAAGAACAAAAACUUUCAGCUCUGGCCACAGCGAUCGACGCCACCCGCCGCAGUUUCCGCUUCCACAAUGAUGACCAAUGACGGACCGGCCAAGAACCAAAACUUUCAACUCUGGCCGCAGCGAUCGUCCCCGCCCACCGCAGUUGCCGUUUCCACACUGAUUACCACCGAUGGCCCGGCCAAAAAACAGAACUUUCAGCUCUGGCCCCAUCGAUCGUCGCCGCCCGCUCCAAUGUCCGCAUCCACAAUGAUGACCAAUGAUAGACCGGCCAAGAACCAAAACUUUCGUCUCUGGCCGCAACAAUCGUCACCGCCCGCUGAAGUUCAUGCUUCCACGGUAAUAACCACCGACGGACCGGCCAAGAAUAAAAACUUUCCACUCUGGCCGCAGCGAUCAUCGCUGCCUGCCGCAGUUUCUGCUUCCACACUGAUGGCCACCGACGGCGUGUCCAAAAAACAGAACUUUCAGCUUUGGUCACAGAGAUCGUCACCACCCGCCACAGUUUCCGCUUCCACAAUAGUGACCACCGAUGGCGUGUCCAAAAAACAGAACUUUCAGCUCUGGCCACAGCGAUCGUCGUCGCCCGCCACCGUUUCUGCUUCCACAAUGAUGACCACCAGUGGACCGGCCAAGAACAAAAACUUUCCACUCUGGCCGCAACAAUCGUCACCGCCCGCUGAAGUUCAUGCUUCCACGGUAAUAAUCACCGACGGACCGGCCAAGAAUAAAAACUUUCCACUCUGGCCGCAGCGAUCAUCGCUGCCUGCCGCAGUUUCUGCUUCCACGCUGAUGGCCACCGACGGCGUGUCCAAAAAACAGAACUUUCAGCUUUGGUCACAGAGAUUGUCGCCACCCGCCACAGUUUCUGCUUUCACAAUGAUGACCACCAGUGGACCGAACAAGAACAAAAACUUUCCACUCUGGCCGCAACAAUCGUCACCGCCCGCUGAAGUUCAUGCUUCCACGGUAAUAACCACCGACGGCGUGUCCAAAAAACAGAACUUUCAGCUUUGGUCACAGAGAUCGUCGCCACCCGCCACAGUUUCCGCUUCCACAGUAGUGACCACCGAUGGCGUGUCCAAAAAACAGAACUUUCAGCUCUGGCCGCAGCGAUCGUCGUCGCCCGCCACCGUUUCUGCUUCCACAAUGAUGACCACCAGUGGACCGGCCAAAAACAAAAACUUUCCACUCUGGCCGCAGCGAUCGUCACUGCCUGCCUCCGUUGCCGCUCUUAUGAUGAUGGCCACCAACGGGCCGAUUGAGAACAGAAACUUUCGGCCCUCGUCACCUCAUAACUGUCACUGUGGCCACCGCGCCGAGGUGACCACAUCAGACCCGGCCGUAGAUCACGACCUAACCAGAGGCCAUUACCAUGUGCACUCGACUGCAGUCACAAAGCCGAACCCAGCCACGGUUUACACCAGGGCUAAUUGUCACCACGACCGUGCGACCGCGGUCACUGAUGCUAAACGUUUUCGCUGCCCACACCACCAUUAUCAAACACAGGAUAGUGUGCUAAACAGUACGCCGUCACCUGCUGUGGACAAUACUAUAACGGAUGAAAUUCCAGCGAACGACCAGAAUUACGACGAAUCUGAAAAAGACUACGUCGACGACGACGACUAUUACUCUCUAAAAAAUUUCGUACCGAUUAUUUCGUUGAUGAUGUUCGUGUUGUUGUAUCCGAGCUGUUAUACAUAUAGUAAUCGGAGGAAAAAAACCAACUCGUUUUACUUGCAGACGAAUACUUGCGGUUGUGUAGCAAAAUAUAUUCGCUGUCCUAAAUAAUUACAAUACAAUUGUGUGAUCAUUUAGAACAGCGAACAUAGUUGCCUGUAUACAACCGAGGCC